CGGGCUCGGCCGGAUGCUCCAGCCGCUGCGGCCAGACCCGGCUUGGCUCGGGGUGACAGCGGCGCGGGCCAUGCAGGAGCCGCUGCUGGGCGCCGAGGGCCCGGACUAUGACACGUUCCCCAAGAAGCCGCCCCCGUCGCCCGGGGAGAGGACGCGGGUCGGCGCCCUGCAGAACAAGUGGGUGUUCCUGGCCACCUUCGCCGCCGUGCUGGGCAACUUCAGCUUCGGCUACGCCCUGGUCUACACGUCCCCCGUCAUCCCGGCCCUGGAGCACUCCUCGGACCCAAGCCUCAGGCUCACCCAAACCCAGGCAACCUGGUUCGGGUCCGUGUUCACCCUGGGCGCCGCGGCGGGCGGCCUCAGCGCCAUGGUCCUCAACGACCUGCUGGGCCGGAAGCUGAGCAUCAUGUUCUCGGCGGUGCCCUCGGCGGCCGGCUACGCGCUCAUGGCGGGCGCCCGCGCCUUCUGGAUGCUGCUGCUGGGGAGGACGCUGACGGGCUUCGCCGGGGGGCUCACGGCCGCCUGCAUCCCGGUGUACCUGUCGGAGAUCGCUCCCCCUGGCGUCCGCGGGGCCCUGGGGGCCACACCCCAGCUCAUGGCCGUGUUCGGGUCGAUGGCUCUCUACGCACUCGGCCUCCUGCUGCCAUGGCGCUGGCUGGCCGUGGCCGGCGAGGGGCCCGUGGUCGUCAUGGUCCUGCUGCUCAGCUUCAUGCCCAACUCGCCGCGCUUCCUGCUGUCGCGCGGCCGGGACGCCGAGGCGCUGCGGGCGCUGGCCUGGCUGCGCGGGGCCCAGGCCGACAUCCGCUGGGAGUUCCAGCAGAUCCAGGACAACGUGCGGAGACAGAGCAGUCGCGUGUCCUGGGCCGAGAUCCGGGCGCCCCACAUGUACCGCCCCGUGGCCAUCGCCGUGCUCAUGCGCUUCCUGCAGCAGCUGACGGGCAUCACGCCCUUGCUGGUCUACCUGCAGUCCAUCUUCAGCAGUACCGCCGUCCUGCUGCCCCCCCAGGAUGACGCCGCCAUUGUGGGUGCCGUGAGGCUCUUUGCGGUGAUGAUCGCGGCCCUCACCAUGGACCGGGCCGGCCGCAAGGUCCUGCUCUUCGUCUCGGCCUCCAUCAUGUUUGUUGCCAACCUGACGCUGGGGCUGUACAUCAGCUUCGUCCCCAAGCACGGGACCCACAACACCACCGCGGGCCUGGAGAGCGUGCCCGUGGGCGGCGCAGCACAGCCCCUGGCCACGCCCACCAGCCUCCUCACCCUGGUGCCCCUGCUGGCCACCAUGCUCUUCAUCACGGGCUACGCCAUGGGCUGGGGGCCCAUCACCUGGCUCCUCAUGUCUGAGAUCCUGCCGCUGCGGGCCCGCGGUGUGGCCUCGGGGCUCUGCGUGCUGGUCAGCUGGCUGACCGCCUUCGCCCUCACCGAGUCCUUCCUGCUGGUGGUGGACGCCUUCAGCCUGCAGGUGCCCUUCUUCUUCUUCGCCGCCAUCUGCCUGCUGAACCUGGUGUUCACGGGCUGCUGCGUGCCCGAGACCAAGGGCCGCUCGCUGGAGCACAUCGAGUCCUUCUUCCGGACGGGGAGGAGGUCCUUCCUGCAGUAGUCGGCCCCGCCGGGGAGGGCCGCACGCUGGCGGCCAGCCUUCCUGUGGGCCGCCCACCUCAACCCCGAGUCCAGGAGGCGGCGGCAACCUGCCACCAGCCAGCCAGCACCGCCGGCAGCACCGACCCGCAGCCAGCAGCACGGCCGCCCUCGGCCAGCACAGGCAGCGUGGCCGCCCCCACGCCGGCCAGGACCUGCCAGCAGAGGAGGCAGCUGUGCCCCGCAGGGGAGCACGCACCCAGGGAGCACCCGUCCAGGCAGGGAGCACCAGUCUGGGCCUGGGGCCUCGGGCCACACUGGGCGACCUCAGGCAGAGUUACUUACUCACGGAGGCCGGUGAGGACAGGCAGCUGGAGGCAGAGGAAUGGCUCCAAGCACCUGGCUGCCACCCAGCACCUCGGCCUGGGGAGGAAGGCGGGAACCUGCACCCGAGGGCUGGGCACACCCUGGGCAACGCAGCAGACUCCCGCAAGCCAGGGAUCGGAUCCAGCACACACACUAACCCGCACGUCCCGACGCCCUGAACCGAGGGUGGGGAGUGCUCCUGUCUGCAAACCGUGCACCAUCUUAUAACAAUAAAGAAACUGGACUGUGACCCUGA